GGGGAGAAUGAGCCGAGAUCUAAUCGGUAAACCCGUUCGGAGCUGGAGCUGAGGCCUGUUCCGCUCCAGGGGGGGGGGUACGGCUGCGUCGCGCCUCGUGACCGCGCCAGGCCCCGCUCUCGAGCCGGAGGCGUUGCGGUGGCGUCUGUCUGCGGGGCUAGGCACCGCGUAACUCCCCCUUCCUCCCUCAGUUUCCCUCGCGAGGGGUCCGUGGAUGCCUCGGUGCUGAGAGUCCCUCCGGCUGCGCAUGAUCCCCGGCCCGGCCUCCGGAUCACAACGCAGGCCGGGCUGUGCAGACAAGAACCUGCCGCGGUUCCUGUCCCGCGGCUCGCGGCUCUGCGGGAGAGGAGUGGAGCCGUAGCUGAAGUAGGGGACCAGGGCCGCACCUUCACUUCCGGGGCCAGCCUAGUCGGUAGUGAGAACUGAAAGAAAAAGACCAUGGCAUCUGGGACAGUUGAAAUAAUAAACUCUACCCCUGCGGGAGGGUCAAAUGAUGUAAGUUUGGAGGAGCCAAAAAAGAUGACAAGAGAAGACUGGAGGAAGAAGAAGGAAUUAGAAGAACAGAGAAAGCUGGGAAAUGCACCAGCUGAAGUGGAUGAGGAAGGAAAAGAUAUCAACCCUCAUAUUCCUCAGUACAUAUCUUCAGUGCCGUGGUACAUAGAUCCUUCAAAAAGACCUACAUUGAAGCAUCAGAGACCUCAGCCAGAGAAGCAAAAAGAGUUCAGCUCAUCUGGGGAAUGGUACAAACGAGGGGUUCAAGAGAAUGCUGUUGCAACUAGGUACCGUAAAGGAGCCUGUGAGAACUGUGGCUCAAUGACACACGCAAGAAAAGAUUGCCUGGAGAGACCUAGGAAAGUUGGAGCAAAAUUCACAGGCCUCAAUAUUGCACCAGAUGAAUAUAUGCAACCUACACUGAUGUUUGAUUAUGAUGGGAAGAGAGAUCGUUGGAAUGGUUAUAACCCAGAAGAGCACAUGAAGAUUGUAGAAGAAUAUUCUAAAGUUGAUUUGGCUAAACGUACUCUGAAAGCCCAGAAGUUGCAGGAAGAGUUGGCUUCGGGAAAACUAAUGGAGCAGGUGAAUUCCCCAAGACACCAAUGGGGAGAAGAGGAAUCAAAUUCACAGACAGAAAGAGAUCAUAACAGUGAAGAUGAGGAUGAAGAUAAAUAUGCAGAUGAUAUCGACAUGCCUGGACAGAACUUUGACUCCAAAAGACGUAUUACAGUCCGAAACUUACGUAUUCGGGAGGACAUUGCUAAAUACUUGAGGAAUCUUGAUCCAAAUUCUGCCUACUAUGAUCCCAAGACGAGAGCAAUGAGAGAGAACCCUUAUGCCAAUGCAGGAAAGAAUCCAGAUGAAGUUGGUUAUGCAGGUGACAAUUUUGUUCGUUACACUGGAGAUACCAUUUCAAUGGCACAAACUCAGUUGUUUGCUUGGGAGGCUUAUGACAAAGGCUCCGAAGUUCAUCUUCAAGCAGACCCUACAAAACUGGAGCUUCUGUACAAAUCCUUCAAGGUGAAAAAAGAAGAUUUUAAAGAACAGCAGAAAGAAAGCAUCCUAGAGAAGUAUGGGGGUGCUGAACUGCUGUUAGCCCAGGCAGAAGACUAUGUGGAAUAUUCUAGGCAUGGAACAGUCAUCAAAGGACAAGAGAAAGCUAUUGUCCGUUCCAAAUAUGAAGAGGAUGUAACUAUUAACAACCAUACAUGUAUAUGGGGAUCAUAUUGGAAGGAAGGCAGAUGGGGAUAUAAAUGCUGCCACUCAUUUGUCAAGUAUUCCUAUUGUACAGGAGAAGCUGGAAAAGAAAUCGCUAGUACUGUGUCAGACUUACCAGAGGAAAAACCUAUAGAGGAAGAGUAUAUGACAAAAUCCAAAACACUGAUGGAGAUACAUCAAGAAAAACAGAAAGAUGAGAAAAAGAAGAAAAAGAAGAAGCUUAAGAGGAGUCCAAAUUCAGAUAGUGAGGGUGAAGAGAAAAAGAAACAUGAAAAACUGAAAAAGGCAUUAAAUGCAGAAGAGGCUCGUCUGCUGCAGGUUAAAGAAAUCAUGCAGUUAGAUGAGAGGAAGAGGCCAUAUAACAGCAUGUAUGAAACACGGGAGCCUACAGAAGAGGAAAUGGAGGCUUACCGAAUGAAACGCCAAAGACCUGAUGAUCCUAUGGCCUCCUUUCUUGGACAGUAGUUUAUGUGAAAGACAUUCCAGCACACAGUUCUUAGCUAUUAUAUGUGAUGGCUUUUUUUUUUUUUUUUUAAUCGUGUAACUGAAACUUUUCUUUCCACAUAUUUUAAAAAAAACAACCAAACUCCCAAAAACAACAAAACGACAACAAAAAACCAAACCAAAUACCUGCAGAAGUCUAUUAAUGAAGUUAACAGCUGAUGCUAUAAGCAUAUUAGUGCUUUCUUUUUUUAAAAAAAGUAUAUUUGGUGCAGACUUGUAUUACUGAAAGUUAACGUCUUCUAGAAUUCAUUGUAUUGGGAGAGAGGAAUCAAUAAAAUCCAGGGGAAAAAAAUUGAAUCUAGCCCAGUUGGCCAGCAGGUGUCACUGUUAUAUAAAAAUGGAAGGACUGUAUCACUUAUGCACAGCUAAGAUUUUCUGUGUAGCCAUUCUAUGCUAGAAGGAAAGAGCUCUGUGGCUGGCAUAAUUAAACCACACCCAGCAAGCAGGUAGUGUAAGCAGUUAACUGGGAUUCUGGGGGUAGGGGCUGGUCCAGCAUGGCUGCAAUGGCCUCCCUACCUGUGCCAUAGCGCUCUGGGCCGCUGAUUAACCAGUUAUCGGUAAGCAACCCUAGUACCCAUAUCAGUCGGAGACCCUCUCCCACCAACAUAGCACGGUCUACACUGACACUUUUGUAACAUUCUGCACAGACAAAAAUGCUAAUGUAGACAAAGCAUUAAAAGCAGUAGGCUACGAUGGCUAUAAAUGUCUCUUGAGACUCCUCUUAUGUGUAGCACAAUAGGGGAAAAUAGUUGUUCUUAAUAUCAUUUUGGUAAUUGUUUUAGAAAUGCAAUAAUGUGUAAAAACAGAUAUGAUUUGAUGUACAGACUUGGUUGAAUACAAUAUAAAUGUCCUUUAACUAGGAA